GCUCCCAAUGCGACACGCUCUGUCAGAGGACUUGAGCUGUCAGGGUCAAAGAGAGACUGCAAAAGCCGCCCGGAUUCUCGCGCAUUGGAAGGGCAAUUGCGCGCAUCAUGCUGAACCUCACCGCUGAAAACCACCGCGUGCGUCUGAAUGAUGGCAACAGUAUCCCACUGAUUGGGCUUGGCACCUAUGCUGAUCCCAAAAAGACCCCCAAAGGCACUUGUUUAAAAUCCGUGAGAACAGCCAUUGAUACAGGCUACCGCCACAUUGAUGGUGCUUAUGUGUAUUACAACGAACAUGAAGUUGGGCAGGCCAUCCGAGAGAAAAUUGCUGAAGGAAAGGUCAAGCGGGAAGAUAUAUUUUACUGCGGCAAACUGUGGAACACAUGUCACCCUCCUGAGCUGGUGCGCCCAACUUUGGAGAGGACCUUAGACAUUUUGAAACUUGACUACGUUGAUCUCUACAUAAUUGAGCUGCCGAUGGCUUUUAAGCCUGGAGAGGCCAUCUAUCCUUUGGAUGAAAAUGGAAAAUGGAUGUACCAUGAGACAGACUUGUGUGCGACUUGGGAGGCUUUGGAAGCAUGUAAAGAUGCCGGCAUGACAAAAUCCAUUGGUGUAUCCAACUUCAACCGCAGGCAGCUGGAAAUGAUCCUGAACAAACCAGGUCUUAAGCACAAACCUGUCACCAACCAGAUUGAAUGCCACCCCUAUUUUACCCAGCCCAAACUCUUAGAAUUUUGCAGACAGCACGACAUUGUCCUUGUUGGGUACAGCCCUCUAGGAACUUCAAGAGAUGAAACCUGGGUCAACGUAUCUUCCCCUCCUCUCCUGGAGGACCCAGUGCUGAAUGCCAUUGGAGACAAAUAUAACAAGACGGCAGCGCAGGUGGCUCUACGCUUCAGCAUUCAGCGAGGGGUGGUGGUCAUUCCCAAAAGCUUCAACCCGGAGCGUAUUAGGCAGAACUUCCAGAUCUUUGACUUUUCCCUCACCGACAAGGAAAUGAAGGAGAUUGAAGCGCUGAACAAAAAUAUCCGCUAUGUGGAGAUGUUAAUGUGGAAGGACCAUCCUGAAUAUCCCUUCCAUGAUGAAUACUGAAACGGUGAUGCUUCCAAGGACGUAUUCUCAAUGUAGUGGUCACUUAUUCUCUCUCAUUUUUGUUUCCUAUAAUGGAAAAACUUUACUCUCUUAUCACAAUACACAAUCACUUCCUCAAUACCACCACUUAUGAAUAUGUAAACCAAGGUGCCUUCAGAAGAGCAGUUCAGUUUUCACAUGCACCUAAUUUUAGAGAUUGUGACUCACAUUUUGCUGCCUUAAAUUCUGGAUUCCACUUUUUUUCACUACUUUUCUCAAACAUGUCAGGUGCUACACAUUUUAAAGAAUCUCUCUGGUUAAACUGCCAGAUGUGAAGUCAGGAAAUGUUGCAUGAGGGUAGCAAUGAUUCAAAACAAAUG